AUGAUUAUUUUGCUUCUGUAUAUGAAUGUAUAUAUAUACCAGUUAUAUAUUGUGUACUUGGGAGAGAAGCGGCACGACGAUCCGACACUUGUUACUGCAUCACACCAUGAUUUGCUCAAUUCAAUCCUUGGGAGCAAGGAGGAAGCUCUCAAUUCAAUAGUGUACAGCUACAAAUACGGAUUCUCAGGUUUUGCAGCCAUGCUCACAGAAGCUCAAGCUAAGAAAAUUUCAGAGCUCCGUGAGGUGCGUAGCAUAAAGCCAAGCCGAAAAUACCGGAUGCAUACAACAAGAAGCUGGGAUUUUCUUGGUUUAAAUUACUACCAACCUUCGGAAUUGCUUGCCCAGGCAAAGUAUGGUGAUGAUGUUAUCAUUGGCCUAAUUGAUUCAGGAAUAUACUUGGUCAUCGAUCCGAACUUUCACCUAUUUGCAGGUAUCUGGCCCGAAUCGAAAAGUUUCAGCGACGAAGGUUUCGGGGCGGUGCCUGCGAAGUGGAAAGGCGUGUGCCAAGAAGGACAGGAUUUCAGCACCAGCAACUGCAGCCGGAAGAUCAUCGGGGCGCGGUGGUACGCAGGCGACGUCGACCCGAACGACCUCCAAGGGGAAUUCCUCUCUCCCCGCGAUGCCAACGGCCACGGCACCCACACGUCCUCCACCGCCACAGGGGCGCUCGUUCCGGACGCCAGCUUCCACGGGCUGGGAGCCGGAGCCGCGCGCGGCGGCGCCCCUCGCGCCCGCCUAGCGGUCUACAAGGCGUGUUGGGGGAGCGUCGGCCAUUGCAGCGACGCGGACACCCUACAGGCGAUCGACCAUGCCAUCCACGACGGCGUCGACGUCCUCUCUUUGUCAAUCGGCGGGCCGUCCGAGCAGCCCGGCACAUUACAUGCAGUGGCCAGCGGCAUAACCGUCGUCUUCUCCGCCGGUAACGAUGGGCCUGCUCCCCAGACUGUUGAGAAUUCGUCCCCCUGGGUGAUAACGGUUGCUGCGAGCACGAUUGAUCGAUCUUUUCCUACCGUCAUCACACUCGGAAAUAAUCAAAAACUUGUGGGCCAAUCCAUCUUCUAUGAGAUCAAGAAAGAGGACCAAUUUACGGAAAUUAUUAACGGAGAAAGCUGCCACAACGGUUCUGUCAACACCACCGACAUUGCCGGAAAGAUCGUGCUGUGCUACGCUCCCAGUAACGUUUCGUCGACGCUGCCGCAGAUCGACCUGGGCACCGUAGGUUCAUUUGUAUUGCAAGCUGGGGGAAAGGGCCUCAUCUACGCGCAGUACACCACCGAUGCUCUCAUUGCUGUUGCAGGGUGUGGAGAAGUUCCGUGCGUUCUCGUGGACUUCGAAAUCGCCACUCAGAUACUGAACUACAUAGACACUUCAACGAAUACGCCGGUGGCGAAGGUGUCUCUGACGAGUAAUACGAUAGGAAGUGAAGUGCUUGCUCCAAAGAUCGCAACUUUCUCAUCCAGGGGGCCUAGUGCAACUUUUCCAGGAAUCCUCAAGCCAGAUAUAGCUGCACCAGGAGUUAACAUCUUGGCAGCUAAACGGAAUUCGUACGUUUUCGACUCAGGAACGUCGAUGGCGUGCCCCCACGUUUCCGGAGUGGUUGCGUUGCUCAAAUCGAUCCACCCAGAUUGGUCUCCUGCUGCUAUAAAAUCCGCCCUUGUCACCACCGCCUCUGUCACCGACAGCUUUGGGCUACCGAUUCUGGCGGAUGGGACACCGACGAAGAUUGCAGAUCCAUUCGACUUUGGUGGCGGGUUCGUCAGCCCGAACCGGGCAGCUGACCCGGGUCUGAUCUAUGACAUCGAUCCGAAGGACUAUCUCAAGUUCUUCUACUGUACCCUUGGUCCAUCCGACGAUUGUCAAUUCGCAAAGGGGCCUCUGUACGAUCUGAACCUACCGUCGAUAUCCAUUCCGAAUCUUAAAGCAGCGGUGACGGUGGAGAGGACAGUGACAAAUGUGGGCCCAGCUGAUGCAGUAUACCAGGCACAGUUCCAGAGUCCCCCUGGAGUUGAAAUGUAUGUGGAGCCAUCUAUUCUGCGGUUCGACGAACAUACGCAGAAGCAGAGCUUUAAGGUGACAUUCAAAUCAGCGCGAAAACUGCAAGGAAGUUACAUGUUCGGGAGCUUGACUUGGUUCGACGGCGCGAACCACUGGGUCAGGAUACCCAUCGCGGUUCGAACCGUAGUUCGUGAUUUCUAUGCGGACACUGACUAAGCUGAAGCAAGCUAUCGAUAUAACUCGAUGCUCUAUUAUAUGUCGACGAACGAAUAAAAAAUGAGUGUAUUUUGUUUAAUUUUGUUCAGAAAAACAAGUGUGUUUUGAGUUUGGUUGUAUUUCAAUAAAGGUACAAAAUAAUAG